AUGCCCGCAGCGCGGAAGGCCAGUCUGGGCGACGUGUACAAUAUGCCACCAAAGAAGGUCAUCAAGGCCAUGAAGGGAUAUAAAGCCCAGUACGUGAAGGAGCUGGAAUUCAAGAAGGGUGAUUUCUUCUUUGUCAUCAACGAUAGCGACUACUUUUACUAUGAGGUGGUCAACCCGGUCGCUCGUCAGAGGGGUUUGGUGCCGAGAGAUCACUUCGAUAGUCUGGAUAAGACAGCGUUCCCCAAAUCGCCAUCGCUUCCGUCUCUCGCCAUGUCUCAAAUGGAGCCACAAUACGCCCCGCGUCAUGCCAACCACAUUACCGAUUCACCUACAUCGGUCGACCAAGAGUUUGACGAAUACGGAUUCUCUUACACCUCCAACCCUCACAUGUCCCACACAAGCUCCGCACAUUCAUCCCACCACAGCUCCAGCUCCGCAAUGUUUCCCGGAAUGGGCCGAGUCAUACCCUAUCCUGUAGCCUGUCGCGUACAGAACGACGACGUCCAACCGGACGGCAGGCUGCUAUAUACCGUCGAGCUAUCUCUUUCCGAUGAUACCACGCGCGUGCUCUUCAGGACAUUCGAUGAUUUUUAUUCCCUUCAUGUUGCAUUGCUCACACAAUACGCGGUCCAGGCCGGCCGGUCUAGGGCUCAGCCACGGACGAUUCCAUUCUUGCCACCCGCACCACCAUCACGAAAAGUGGGCGAAACCCACGCUGCGCCGCCCAGUCCGGCAGAGACUGCGAAGAGACGGAAGGCGUUGGACCUGUACUUGGCCGACUUGAUCGUCCUCCCUGCUCCUAUCCGCCACUCUGCACCCCUCAACCGAUUCUUCAACCUUCGGAAGGGCGACAACUCCAUCCCCACCCCCGUAAAAGCGGACUCGUCUGCGACGCUCAUGGAUCUCAUUUCCGACUACCACUCCUACGAAUCCUUGCCCCGCGGCCCCGCAGCGAGACGAAGCUUCCACCCCGCCCUUGCCGACCCCAAUACCGCGUCGGUGAAGAUCAAGCUUCAUGUUCACGGAGCGGAUAGCCUGGCGUGGCGUGUUCCCGAGAACAUCACCUUCCGGCCGUUCCUGGAAGAGGUCAAGACGAAGGUCGGCUGGAUGUACGAGGGCUGGGCGAUUUGGUACAAGGACGAGACGGGCAGCAUGAUCAGAGUCCAUGGGGAUGUCGACUGGAAGGUGCUCGUGAGGGGACGGUGGGGCACCGUGGUGCUCUACAUCGAUUGA